CAGUGAGCAAGUCAACAGCUUGUUCAAGUUUGCCAUCUUUGCAAAGAGAUGAUAUUUGGUGAAACUAGAGAAUUUUGGGGUUGGUAUGACCGCAACAGGAAGAGAAGCCAUGCAUGAAGAGGAAGAAGAAGAGAACUGGACAUGGUUCUCAGAGAAGGACACUCUGGCCAAAUUCCCUCCAUCGGCAUCCACCGGAAACAUAGAUCUCUGUGGCGGUCCACUCCCGCCUUAUAACCUCAAUAUCCAUUCUCCAGAUCCGUACGUCCCCCUUCUCUAUCCCCUCCAUCGCCCAUUGUUCCUCUUCUCUAUCCCAGCAGUUGCAGAGGACUCUGCAAAUGUCGCUGUAAAACCACCUGUAGUGCCAUGUGCGAUCGCAACAGAGGCGGAAGUGCUGGGAAAGGAUUCACUCCGACGGUAGCUUGUCUGUCAUUACUGUUGGAAAUUAAUUCCUAUUAGGCAUUAUCUCUAUAAAUAUAGAAAGUUAUUUAUU